GGCAUUGUUCCGACCAUGUGAACGACCUGACCGGAAAACAACCGGGCAGAGUGGAGCGGAGGAAGGCAGAGGAAAGAUGGCAGCCGCGGCAGUGGCUGAGUUUCAGAGAGCACAGUCUCUUCUUGGAACAGACCGGAAUGCCUCUAUCGAUAUCUUACAUUCAAUAGUGAAGCGGGACAUCCUGGAGAGUGAUGAGGAGGCGGUGCGUGUUAAAGAGCAGAGCAUCCUGGAGCUGGGGGGGCUUCUGGCCAAGACAGGACAGGCUGCGGAGCUUGGGGGUCUGCUAAAGUAUGUGCGCCCCUUCCUCAACUCCAUCUCCAAGGCCAAAGCAGCCCGGUUGGUCCGCUCCCUGCUUGACCUCUUCCUGGACAUGGAGGCUGCCACAGGUCAGGAGGUCGAGCUCUGCCUGGAGUGCAUAGAGUGGGCUAAGGCUGAGAAAAGGACAUUCCUCAGACAGGCACUAGAGGCUCGUCUCAUUUCACUGUAUUUCGACACAAAGUGCUACCAGGAGGCACUACAGCUCGGCUCCCAGUUGCUGCAGGAGCUGAAGAAGAUGGACGACAAGGCCCUGCUGGUGGAGGUUCAGCUGCUGGAGAGUAAGACGUACCAUGCGCUCAGUAACCUGCCCAAGGCCCGCGCUGCCCUUACCUCUGCCAGGACAACAGCCAACGCCAUCUACUGCCCACCCAAACUACAAGCAGCUUUAGACAUGCAGUCAGGGAUCAUUCAUGCAGCAGAGGAGAAAGACUGGAAGACGGCUUACUCCUACUUCUAUGAGGCCUUUGAGGGCUACGAUUCCAUUGACAGUCCCCGAGCCAUCACAGCCCUCAAAUACAUGCUGCUCUGCAAAAUCAUGCUCAACGCGCCAGAGGAUGUCCAGGCCCUCAUCAGUGGAAAGCUAGCUCUCCGGUACGCUGGCAGACAGACGGACUCACUGAAACGUGUGGCACUAGCCAGCAAGAACCGGUCGCUCGCAGACUUUGAAAAGGCACUUACAGAGUACAAACCAGAGCUGAGGGAUGACCCCAUCAUCAGCACCCAUCUGACCAAGCUGUACGACAACCUGCUGGAGCAGAACCUCAUCAGGGUCAUUGAACCUUUCUCCAGGGUCCAGAUAGCACACAUUUCCUCCCUCAUCAAACUUCCUAAGGGAGAGGUGGAGAGGAAACUAUCACAGAUGAUUCUGGAUAAGAAGUUUCACGGUAUUUUGGACCAAGGUGAAGGUGUGCUGAUUGUCUUCGACGAGCCAGUGGUGGACAAGACUUAUGAGGCAGCCCUGGAGACCAUUCAGAACAUGAGCAAAGUGGUGGACUCGCUCUACAACAAAGCCAAGAAGCUAACAUAAGAGAGCGAGAAACCAUCUGUCCUCCUGUCCGGAGCGACGUGGGCCAGUCAGACCUCCGUCGAUCGCUCACUUCAGCCCGGGAGGGACGAGGGGAGGAGGACGAGGAGAUUACAAACACUCAACAAUCCAGCAAGCAAAUAAACCAGCUGACCAACUGAAGACAACCCAACGGAAAAACAAACUGACGGGGUGGACACGCAGCUCCUCCUAGUCCUCCCUCAGCCCUCUGCUCUCCCUCCCUCCUGUCACUGUCUCUUCCUUCCAAUCUGAGUGGGGUUGAUCUGACACAAAGUGCUCCUCUCGAUGGACAAAUCCAGGCACUGUGCCCGUCUUCUCCUCUCCCACCACUGGUUUCUACUGUAUGUAAAACUGGACAAGCCUCCCUUUCCCCUUUUUUCCUCUGUUUCUCUCUGCACUGGCCAUCAGGGAAUCUUGUAAAAUAACAAUAAAGAAUACCUAUACAGUACUUAUACAUACAUAUAUUGUAAAAAAAAAAA